CGAUAAAAAGGGAAAUGUCAACAGAUAAAUGGAUUGAAGGAGUUAUCCUCGGGGGCUAAAAGUGCGCGGAAGAUAAUAAACAAUUAUUAAUAAUUAAAAACAAUAAAGAAGAUUAAUCCCACAUAUUCACUCCAUAGAUAAUAUUAAGAUAACUCAAAACUUUUUUAAAUUCAUUUUUGAAUUCAUAAUAUAAAUUAAUUUUCCGAAUACAUCUGCGCAUGCGUGAGGAGGUGGUUGAACAUUUAUCCAUUUUACAAAAAAAGGCGCCGAUUUAUCAACAACACUCUGCGCAGCCAUAAAAGUUAUAAUUACUGGAUUAUUAAUUGAAGAUUAUUGAUUAUUAAUUCAAGAGAAUUGAGUUCAGUCGUGAAUUUUCAUUGUGGGGGUGACAGUUGUUUAUUUCCCUUGCAGUUGGUGAUGAAAAUCAGGUGAUCAUAACCUCAAGUGGACGGACAAAAGACUGGGGAUAUAUAUUAAUUAAACAUUGUUGUAUUUUCGGGGAAUAAUGUCGGGGAUUGUUCAAUACGUCAUUGUUCGCGGAGAUUUGAUGAAGAGUAUGCAGUGGCCAGUGGGUGCUGUCAUAGCUCAGGCCUGUCAUGCCUGCACAGCUGUUACUCAUCUAUUCUAUAACGAUCCCCACACCCGAGAUUAUCUAGCUGACCUCGAUAAUAUGCAUAAAGUCGUCUUGGAGGCCCCAGAUGACAAAAGCCUCAAUGAUCUCCAUAUGAAGCUCCAGGAAUCCAAAAUAGAUCAUAAACUGUGGAUAGAACAACCUGAGAACAUGCCAACGUGUCUGGUUGUCAAGCCGUACCCGAAGGAGGAAGUUCAGAGAUACUUCAAGAAAUUCAAACUGUUCAAAAACUGACAGACCCUCUAAUUCCAUUAAAAAAUUUUCAAAUAACA